ACAGCAGGGUUAGGGCAUCAGGGCGUGCGUGGGUCAACGGUACGACUUGAGCUAUACAUCUUACUUGGGUAGUUUCAGACGAGCUUUAAGAGACUUUUUUUUUUUCUUCUUUUUCUUUCAACUUGAGACCCUGGCGCAAAUCACUUGUAGUGAGCAGCAGUGCAUGCACGCGUUUCCUUAACCUCGGCUUUAAAUCGUUCCAAGCAUGGAAGACGAGGCGCCACCGUCCUCGGCUACUAUUGCGCAGCACCGAAGAUCCAUCUAUAUGCUCGGCUCGACUGGUCGCAUAGUCCUUGCUUCGCAUCACGAUCGAUCGCAUCAUCACCAGCAGCAAUCUGUCUCAGCCAGCAAGCCAAGCAGCAAUAAGCAAGCGGAGAUCAGCACCAGGCACGCACGGCACCGGCGCACCCAGCAGCGCGGGCCUCGAAACGGCGAGCCCCGCGGGCAGCACCAGCAGCGGCCAGGUAUGUAUGUAGGUAGGCACUGUACAAUACAACGAAGAGCGGGAAAUAACUACGGCGAUGCCGCCAACGGGCCAAAGACGGACACGCGACGUGUAGCAGGACGGGGUAGCGAGGCGCGGGCGUGCCCACGCAAGGUCAAACACGGGGGUCCACCAGUCAGAAACAUCGUCCGGGCUUCAUACACGGCGGAUUGCCGCAUUGAGCCCCGCAGAGCAGUGCCUUGAGCGUCGCCUCGCAAAACGUCCCGCGUGCGUGGUAUGCGCGGCGGUUGGUCCGCGAGCGCUAGGGCGUAUGGCACCUACGUUGGUUGGCCCUGCCGUGCACUGCGUGUGUGUGCACUGCGAGCGGGAG